AUGGCAAACAUCGCAAAAAUUGAAUUCCCGGCUCUUAAUAUCACCGAAGAAAAUUAUAUGCCGUGGACGGCACAUGUUAAACGACAUCUCAAGUCAAUGGGUGUUUUGGAAACGAUAACGGAGUGGAAUAAUUGUAACGAUCAAGACAAGGCAAAAGCCGAUGUCUUCCUCCAUAAACACAUUGAUGAGAUGUUGCAAUUUGAAUAUUCAAAUUUUGAGGAUCCAUACGUUUUGUGGGAAGAUUUAAAAAGCAGAUUUGAUAAUCAAAGGGAAGUUUUACUUCCCACUGCUAGAGAUGAAUGGAACAAUCUCAGGAUAUGCUCAACGCUUCGAUUCUGUGGGCAAACUUUUACUGAGGAAGAUAUGUUGGAGAAAACUUUCUCCACAUUUCAUGCAUCAAAUAUAAACUUGCAACAACAAUAUUGGUUGCAAAGGUUUCAAAGAUAUUUUGAUCUAAAUUUAUUUCUCCUCGUAGCAGAGAAAAACAAUGAGCUACUAAUGAAAAAUCAUCAAGCUCGUCCCACUGGAUCAUUAGCCAUUCCAGAAGCAAAUGAUGUUAUUAAUGAUGAUACUAAAGACACUGGAAGAAAAUGGGGAUGA